AGCAUUGUGAUGACGACAACAACGCCGAGCGAGUGAGCCCAACGGUCUGAGGCCUCGCCGUUCGUGGUCGGGGGAGCGGCGGGGAUGCUGUGGGGAGGCCGAGCGGCGCCAUGGAGCUGGACGAGGCUUUCGGCUUGGUGGGGGAGUUCGGCCCUAGGCAGAGACGCCUCACCGCUUUCCUGGUGCUGCUGCAGGUGUUUGUGGCCUUCCAGUCUAUGCUUAUUUUAAUAGUGGGAGCCGUGCCAGAAUAUCACAUUGAUCAGGAAGAGAUUCCAACAAGUACAGAAGCUCUUGCAAAGCAUGUCAGAUUUGCUAAUAACUUCACGUCUAUAGCAACUGAGUGGUAUUUAAUCAAACAUGAAGCCUAUAAGGUGAGCCUGGCAUCUUCCCUGUAUUUUGCUGGAUUACUCAUUGGAAAUAUAAUGUUUGGCCCAUUCUCAGAUAAACUGGGCAGGAAGCCUGUGUAUAUGACAGGUCUCUUCUUCGACGUUAUUUUUGGGUAUAUCUCAGCAUUUGCACCCAGCUAUGAAAUUUUUGCAAUGUCACGCUUUUUUGUUGGGAUUACAAAUGGUGGUAUGUCUUUAGUGUCUUUUGUUUUGACACAAGAAUAUGUAGGAAAAUCAUUCUGGGCAUUGACAGGCUCGUUAACAAAUGUGACAUUUGCAGUUGGCAUAGCAGUUUAUGCUUUAUUGGGUUAUUGCAUAAGGGAGUGGCGCUUCCUCGCCUUCGUGUCAAAUUCUCCAGGACUUUUUUUUUUCCUUCUCUCUUUCAUGCUUCCAGAAUCACCAAGAUGGCUGUACUCUCAAGGCAGAACUGCAGAAGCAGAGAAAGUUCUGCAAUACAUAGCCCUUGGUAAUGGAAAAGAAAGAGUGUCUGUGAAGCUGAAACAGUGCAUGGGAGCAGUGAAAAAGGAUGACUCAGCAUCUGAUGUCCUAAAUCUAGUCCAACAUCCAGUGCUUUGGUGGCGCACUAUCAUCUUGAUGUACAUCUGGUAUGUGUGCAGCCUUGUAUAUUAUGGUUUAACACUGAAUGCUGGUGAAUUAGGAGGGAAUCUGUAUCUAAAUGUGGCUCUGUAUGGUCUUGUAGAAGUUCCAGCAUUUCCACUCUGUAUGUUCUUCAUUGAGAAACCUUGGUCAGGAAGACGAAAAAGUACAACUGCUUUUUUGAUAUUUGCAGGCUUUGCUUGUAUGUUUACCAUGUUCUUACCAGAGAAUACUGGUGAUUUUUUCUUCAGUCCCAGUCUCCUAGCCUUAUAUGGAAAAUUUACUGUAAGUGCUGCCUUCAACAUCAUAUAUAUUUAUACUUCGGAACUCUAUCCCACAGUAGUGAGAAAUGCUGGCUUAGGCGUCUGUUCAAUGACUUGCAGAUUGGGUGGUAUUUUGGCUCCAUUUGUUCCCUCUACAAAAUCUCUUGGUCCAUCGGUACCAUUUAUGAUCUUUGGCAUCUCUGGCUUGUCAGCCGGUUUCCUGACCCUUCUGCUUCCAGAAACUCUUAACAGACCUAUUGCAGAGACCAUUGAAGACUUGCAGGCUCCUGCCUACCAAACGCUUAAAAACAAAAAGGCAGAGUAAAUCUGUUAGAAGAAAACAGUUAAUGUUUCAAAAAACGUUGCGGUUGAAAAACCAAGUGUCUUCUGGAGUGGUGCUUCCUUUGUUGAGGUGUGGCGCCAUCAAGAGGAUCACACGGCAAUGCUUAAAGUAUUGUGGGAUUUAUAGUACGUCCAGUUAUUUAUUUUAAUGUGAACAUUAACAGUGAAGACAGAAAUAAGUUAAGGAAACUUGUAAAGAAAAAUUGUGGUUAAAUCUUUGAAAUACCACACUGGUAUUUAAAAGACAAUAGCUGCACAACUUAAAAAUUAAAAGAAAGAAUUUUAGAUUAAUUAAAUGCCAACAUUUUGGUUUAGGUUUCUUUAUUGUAAUCCUAAACAUACAGUUAAGCAUGAAGUAUGAAGGUUUAUUCAUGCGUCUCUGUUUAGGAUUAUUUAUGUAGUCUCAGGACAUUAGCUGGAAAGAUAGCACUCUGCUUUGUAAAGUACCUUCUUAUUGGAAGACUGCAGAAUAGCCUGGAAUAUCUGGAGAUGUUUCAGCUCUUAAAUUUUACAAACUCUGUGCAAUGCCAGUAUUUUCCAAUCUAUGCUUUGUAAUGAAUGUUCUGCUAUUUAUAAUGACCAAAGAUGCCUUUUGCUACUAUUUCUAUUAACCCUUGCUGCAAUAUUAUUUACCUGAAGUGUGGAAACAAACAACAUUGUUUGUUUGCAUAUAUAGCCUGUGCUGUGGGAAAAAUGGUAAGUGCUCAAGAAGCAAUUGUGGGUUUUAUUUGACACAGGUUUUGCUGUAAGUUUCAUGUGAAACUGAUUUUGUUUUUGAAUCAUGGCAGAGUCUGGGCUGAGAGAAGAGUGUUUUGCACAGCAUGACAUCACCAAUUCACCAUGCUAAUGGGAUUUCUCUCUCCCCCCUUCUGGGCUUUUAUUUAUAGGGAGAACCCUGAAAGUUAUAAAUAGUAUUUUGACAAGCUGCUUUUAUGUAGGCCAGCAUCCCACAAUGUGUAGCAUUCAGGCAGUCUGCUACCAGCCUGUCAAAUCAUGUUGAUGUCUGGCAGAGAUUCAGCUGACACAGCUCUACGUUUACAGUUUGUCAUUUCAAGGUCAACUUUUAAAAACUGUAGCUAAAAAAGCUAAGAUUUUUAGCUGAUUGUCACUUAAAUAUAUAUUAUUAAUUGAUGAUUCUGGCUCUACACUUAGUAAUAAACUGGGCAGUGAGCCAGAGUAUUAUUUCCCCUUUCGUGCAUUCCAUUUCUCCCCCUGAGCUUUAGAGCACAGUUAACUGUUCCUAAGUGUCCUCUGGUACUCUGUUAUUUUUUUUUAUUGUUCAUGUCAAAAUAGGUGAAAAAAAGACGAAGACCAAUUUUUAUGUGGAGUUUUACAUUCUUGUAUUAUAAUAAAAAUUAUUAUGGAAAGCUUUAUAAAUCUAUAUUUUUGUAAUAAAAAUGCAACAUAAAGUUGCUCUGGUUGUUUAAGCAAGAGUGAGAUGCAAAGGUAAUUAUCUCAAAACACACACUGCCGUAUCAUGAAAUGGUUCUUAUAUUGGAUAUGUAAUGUAUCUUUAUAGAGGCUAUUUGGCCUGCUUUUUGUUCCCCAUGGUGUAGAAAAUGGCUAAUAAACAACAGUUUCCAUUUAAA